ACAGAUAUCCCCCAAAUGUCAGGACGGUACAGAUAUCCCCCAAAUGUCAGGACGGUACAGAUAUCCCCCAAAUGUCAGGACGGUACAGAUAUCCCCCAAAUGUCAGGACGGUACAGAUAUCCCCCAAAUGUCAGGACGGUACAGAUAUCCCCCAAAUGUCAGGACGGUACAGAUAUCCCCCCAAAUGUCAGGACGGGACAGAUAUCCCCCAAAUGUCAGGACGGUACAGAUAUCCCCCAAAUGUCAGGACGGGACAGAUAUCCCCCAAAUGUCAGGACGGUACAGAUAUCCCCCAAAUGUCAGGACGGGACAGAUAUCCCCCAAAUGUCAGGACGGUACAGAUAUCCCCCAAAUGUCAGGACGGGACAGAUAUCCCCCAAAUGUCAGGACGGUACAGAUAUCCCCCAAAUGUCA